AUGAAAGAUUUGCUUGUUGAAAAGGGGCCUAUUAGGGAAACUAACAUCAAUUUCCCUAGAGAUAAUAUAGGUAGACACUUCUAUGAUGAAUUUUAUGUUCGUAAGUUACGUAAUGGUGAUUGUCAUGAUAGAAAGUGGUUAGUUUAUUCAAAAGAGCUAGAUAAAGUCUUUUGUUUUUGUUGCAAACUUUUCAAAGAAGGUCGGUCAAAAAGCCAAUUAGCAACUGUUGGAUUAAGUGAUUGGAAACAUCUUGGUCAACGAUUAAGCACUCAUGAAAAUAGCAUUGAGCAUAUGACUAGCUUGGGAAUUUGGUCCGAAUUGCGAUUGAGAUUGAGUAAAAAUGAAACACUUGAUAAAGAGCUACAAGAGUUGAUAAAAAAGGAUACUGAUCAUUGGAAAGAAGUUUUGGUUAGAAUAAUUGAUGUUGUUAAAUGUCUAGCAAAGAAUAAUAUAGCUUUYCGUGGGAAAAAUGAAAGACUUUUUGAAGAAUCUAAUGGUAACUUCUUAGGCGUAAUUGAAAUGAUUGCCGAGUUUGAUCCGGUUAUGAAACAACACUUUCACCGUAUCAAAGAAAAAAAAACUCAUUAUCAUUAUCUUAGCCACAAGAUUCAAAAUGAAUUGAUUGACAUGUUGGCAUCUAAUGUUAAGAGUGCAAUCAUUAAAAAGAUCAAAGAGGCAAAAUAUUUUUCAGUUAUUCUUGAUUGUACUCCGGAUGCAAGUCAUCAAGAACAAAUGACUUUGAUUUUAAGAUGUGUUGACGUGUCCRGCUCUCCUAUACAAGUAGAAGAGUUCUUUUUAGAGUUUUUGGUGGUAGAAGAUACAUCUGGUUUAGGACUUUUUAAUGUAUUACAAGAUGUUUUGAAAUCACUURAUUUGGAUAUCAAUUAUGUGCGGGGACAAGGGUAUGACAAUGGCUCUAAUAUGUAA